UCUCUCCGAAACGUGUCUUUUAAUGGUGGUAACCGCCUUACUACACAGGCAUUUCUCCAGGAGAUAAGCGCUGAUAAGGUACACAGGUAGUCACAAGCCAAGUCUUCAAUCACAUCCGGGUCAAAGCUGGAAAGGCGGAGCUGCACCCUGCUCUCAAGCCCCGUGAUCUUGCCGGCUUUCCGGAUCCUCUUCGGGGCUGGAGGCGGGAGCCAUUGGCCCCACCCCCGAAAACCAUAGGGCUCACUUUAGGGGGCGGGCCCAAGGCGCAUGCGCUGUGGCGGCUCCCAGACGAAGGCCUUGGCAGCUGCAGUACGUACGUUUCUCUACUGUCUACCUCUUUACCCUGGGGUAGUCUGAGGAGGAUGUCAAAUGAGAGAAUUCCCCACUCAAGUCGAACUCAGGAGCAAGACUGUUUACAGAGUCAAUAUGUUGGUGAUAAUGAAGAAAUGCCAAUCAAGCAAGAAAAUGAAGGUGAUGCAGAGAUGGAAGACAGCCUCCUUUCCUGUUCCUCUCCAACUGAGCCAUCCACUUCUGCUGAGAGGUGUCCAUCAGAAGUUGCAAAGAGAAAGCCUGCCUUGCUGCACAUCGACAGACAUCAGAUCCAGGCAGUGGAGCCAAGUGAACAGGCCCUUGAACUGCAGGGAUUGGGUGUGGACGUCUAUGACCAGGACGUGCUGGAGCAAGGUGUGCUUCAGCAGGUGGACAGUGCCAUCCAUGAGGCCAGCCGUGCUGCCCAGCUUGUUGAAGCAGAGAGGGAGUAUCAGUCAGUCCUGGAUGACCUCACGUCAUGUACGACAUCCCUAAGGCAAAUCAAUAAAAUUAUUGAACAACUUAGCCCUCAAGCUGCCACCAACAGAGACAUCAACAGGAAACUAGAUUCUGUAAAACGGCAAAAGUAUAAUAAGGAACAACAGCUAAAGAAAAUCACAGCAAAACAAAAACGUCUCCAGGCCAUCCUUGGAGGAGUGGAAGUAAAAGUUGAAAUAGAUCAUGCCAGUCUGGAGGAGGAGGAUGCAGAAGCAGGGCCAUCCUGUCUCGGCAGCAUGUUCAUGCCUGCUCAGGAGAUUGCUUGGGAAGAACUCAUCCGCACCGGCCAGAUGACACCUUUUGGUACCCAGAUUCCUCAGAAACAGGAGAAAAAGCCUAGAAAACUAAUGCUUAAUGAAGCAUCAGGCUUUGAAAAGUAUUUGGCAGAUCAAGCAAAACUGUCUUUUGAAAGGAAGAAGCAAGCUUGUAAUAAAAGGGCAGCUAGAAAAACUCCAGCCAUGGUCACUUCUGAGUUGAGUCCAAUGGUCAGUGAAAACAAACCAAACAAGAGCAGCAACAUUCUCUCGAAAACAGAUAAGCGCUUGAAAAAACAUAUAAGGAAACUCCAGAAGAGGGCUCUUCAGUUCCAGGGGAAAGUGAAAUUGCUGAAGGGAAAGAGACACUUGGAAUCUGAUGUGAGACCAAAAGAAGAGGGAGACUGUGAGGAUGUAGAGUCCGAGUACUUAGCCACUGAGGAGGAGGAGCGAGAGGAGGCAGCAGGGGUUGACCUGUCUGCAGAAGGCAUUGACUCUGAACUGGGGCCUGUGCUCAAGCGCCAGAAAUGGCAGAAAAGAGUCACAAUCCAAGAGACUGACGAUGACUUUUUUCCAAGUUUUGGGGAAGAAUCUGAAGCUACCAAAGGAGGAGGAGGUCAGAAAGUGGUGAGAUGCCGAGACGAUGGAGAUGAAGAUUAUUAUAAACGGCGGUUAAGGAGGUGGAAUAAACAGAGACUGCAGGACAGAGAUAAGUGUCCGAAGCUUGAAGAUGAUUCUGAGGAAAGUGAUGCUGAAUUUGAUGAAGGUUUUAAAAUACCAGGUUUUCUGUUCAAAAGGCUUUUUAAGUACCAGCAGACAGGUGUUAGGUGGCUGUGGGAAUUGCACUGCCAGCAGGCAGGAGGAAUUCUGGGAGACGAAAUGGGAUUGGGCAAGACCAUCCAGAUAAUUGCCUUCUUGGCAGGUCUGAGCUACAGCAAGAUCAGAACUCGUGGUUCAAAUUACAGAUUUCAGGGUUUGGGUCCGACUAUAAUCGUCUGUCCAACAACAGUAAUGCAUCAGUGGGUGAAGGAAUUUCACACAUGGUGGCCUCCGUUCAGAGUGGCAGUUCUACAUGAAACCGGCUCGUCUACCCACAAAAAGGAGAAACUAAUUCAAGAUAUUGUUCAUUGUCAUGAUUUAAUCACUUCUUACUCCUAUAUCCGAUUGAUGCAAGAUGAUAUUAGUAGGCAUGACUGGCACUACGUGAUCUUGGAUGAAGGACACAAAAUUCGAAAUCCAAAUGCUGCCAUCACUCUUGCUUGCAAACAGUUCCGCACCCCUCAUCGUAUCAUCUUGUCUGGCUCACCAAUGCAAAACCUCCGAGAGCUGUGGUCACUUGACUUUAUCUUCCCAGGAAAGUUAGGCACAUUACCGAUUUAUGGAACAUUCUCGGUCCCCAUCACCAUGGGGGGAUAUUCAAAUGCCUCCCAGUACAGAAUGGAGUUGCUACAGGCAGGAACACCAGGACAUGAAGCUGACCUAAGGGCAGUCCUCACCUUGGUUAAAACUGCUUACAAGUGUGCAUGUGUCUUACGAGAUACCAUAAAUCCAUACCUCCUGCGGAGAAUGAAAUCAGAUGUCAAAAUGAGUCUUUCUUUGCCAGAUAAAAAUGAACAGGUCCUAUUUUGCCGCCUUACAGAUGAGCAACAUAAAGUCUACCAAAAUUUCAUUGAUUCCAAAGAAGUUUACAGAAUUCUCAAUGGAGAGACACAGAUUUUCUCUGGACUUACAGCCCUAAGAAAAAUCUGCAACCACCCUGAUCUCUUUUCUGGAGGCCCCAAGAAUCACAGAGGUAUUUCAGAUGAUGAAAUGGAGGAAGAUCAGUUUGGAUACUGGAAACGUUCUGGGAAAAUGAUAGUUGUUGAAUCCUUGUUGAAGAUAUGGCACAAGCAGGAUCAACGAGUAUUGCUAUUUUCUCAGUCAAGACAGAUGUUGGACUUACUUGAAGUAUUCCUUAGAGCCCAAAAGUAUUCCUAUCUCAAAAUGGAUGGUACUACUACAAUAGCUUCAAGACAACCCCUGAUUACAAGAUUCAAUGAGGAUACAUCCAUAUUUGUGUUUCUUCUGACUACUCGGGUGGGUGGCCUAGGAGUCAACCUGACGGGGGCAAACAGAGUCAUUAUCUAUGAUCCCGACUGGAACCCAAGCACAGACACACAGGCCCGGGAGCGAGCAUGGAGGAUUGGCCAGAAGAAGCAGGUGACGGUGUAUAGGCUUCUGACUGCUGGCACCAUUGAAGAAAAGAUUUACCACCGACAAAUCUUCAAGCAGUUCUUGACAAAUAGAGUGCUAAAGGAUCCAAAGCAACGGCGAUUUUUCAAGUCCAAUGAUCUUUAUGAGCUGUUUAGUCUAACUAGUCCUGAUGCAUCCCAGAGCACUGAAACAAGUGCUAUUUUUGCAGGAACUGGUUCAGAUGUUCAGACACCCAAAUGCCAUUUAAAAAGAAAACUUCAACUGGCCUUUGGAACAGAGCAUAACAUUCCAAUGUGCAAAAAGUUCUCUGAGUCUAACACAUUUGCAAAUGAUGGCACAUCAUCUGAAGAGAAAUCUAUAGCUAUUAGAUCUAAUGGAAAUGCAAUAGCUUCUAAUCAAGGUGAUCCUUUGAGAGAUGCCCCUCAAACAUCUAGGAAUCUAACCAGCAAUAAUAGACUUAGAGAAGAGACAGAUACAGUGUCUCAGCUGGAGGACUCAUCAGUGUUAGAUGGAAAUGGGGAGUGUUCAAAUUCUCCAAGAAUCAGUAAAAUGGACAGAACGUCUGGUGAGGAAAGCAUCGAUGAAAAACAAGGCCUUUCUGAUAAAACAGAAAGCUGCCGGGUUCAAACAGAACCUCUUUGGGAGAAUGAACAAAUGGAAAAUAAUUUUUAUAAGCACAAGUCAAAAACAAAACAUAGUGUGGCAGAAGAAGAGACCCAAGAGAAACUUCUGAGAAUGAAGCAAAAGCCCAAGAACUCUAGGUGUUGCAGAGAUGCCAAGUUUGAAGGAACACGAAUUUCACACCUAGUGAAGAAAAGGCAGUACCAGAAGCAAGACAAUGAAAAUGAGAGUGAGAACAAGGAACAGAGCAAUGAUGAUUAUGUUUUAGAAAAGCUUUUCAAAAAAUCAGUUGGUGUGCACAGUGUCAUGAAACAUGAUGCUAUCAUGGAUGGAGCCAGUCCAGAUUAUGUGCUGGUGGAGGCAGAGGCCAAUCGUGUGGCCCAGGAUGCUCUGAAAGCACUGAGACUCUCUCGUCAGCGGUGUCUGGGAGCAGUGUCUGGUGUGCCCACCUGGACCGGCCACAGGAGGUUUUCUGGUGCACCAGUGGGAAUAAAGAGUAGAUUUGGUCAGAAAAGGAAUUCCAGCUUCUCGGUGCAACAUCUUUCUUCAGCCUCUCCAAAGGAGAAGUGCCAGCAGCAUGAAAAGGAUGGAAAAGAUGAUGUUUCUGAGCAUGUUAGUGGAAAAGUGGAAGAUGCAGAGUCCUCAUCCGGGCCCCUCACUUCAUCUUCACUGCUGGCUAAAAUGAGAGCUAGAAACCACCUGAUUUUGCCAGAGCGGCUAGAAAGUGAAAAUGUGCACCUUCAAGAGACUUCUGUUCCACUGCCCUCCACCACAGAAUAUGAUGACCUCCUGGUGGAAAUGAGGAACUUCAUUGCUUUUCAGGCCCGCGUGGAUGGCCAGGCCAGUACUCAGGAGAUACUGCAGGAGUUUGAAUCCAAGUUAUCAGUUUCACAGUCUUGUGUCUUUCGAGAACUAUUGAGAAACCUCUGCACUUUUCAUAGAACUUCUGGUGGCAAAGGAAUUUAACUCAAGGCAGAGUACUGCUGAUUAAUAUUAAUUUCUAAACUUUUAAUUGACUUUUUCUAAUGAAAUUUUCGAUUAUAAUUAGUAGUCAUCAUGUUUGCCAACAGAGGUUGGCUGCAUUUUAUGUUUACUUUGAGUGAUAGCUAGCUCAUAUUAAAACUUUAAGGAGAAGAAAUUCUUUGAAACUUAAAAGUUUUCAAAAUACUUGGGUUAAUUUUUUUGGUUCUAUGCAUUAUGUUAUAAAAUCAGGGGCCUGUCUGGCUGGGUGGCUAAGUUGUUUGGAGCAUCAUACCAGACACCAAAAGGUUGCCGGUUUUGAUUCCCAGUCAGAGCACAUACUUAGGUUGCAUGUUCGAUCCCUGGUCAGGACGCAUAUGGUAGGCAACUGAUUGAUGUUAUCUUUGAAUCAUUCUAAUUGCCUUUAAACAAUCUUUCUUUUUAGAUGCUGUUAAAUUGGCAGGUAUUUUUGUUAGUAAAGCAUGAAAUAGCUUGGCAAUAAAUAAGACAUGUUUAUAGAAAGUUGUAGUGUACUCAGUCUUAUAUUGACUGUAAUUUAGGAAAAUGAAGUUGGUUA